AUGACUCUGCAGCAGGCACACGGCGGAUAUGCAUUAAUACUAAGCACUACGCAUUUCGCCUACGCGUAUGUCUACCUCAUGUCUAAGACUCCAAGUCUAUCAGCGACGGCGACGGCGACGCAAACUGUGCCACCGCACGUUCAAUGCAAAUUACAGAACAUACUAUCUCAUUUUGCCAAUAAGGUGCCUACGGUAGCGACAUCUGCGCAGGAUUCAGGAUCAGAUGCAGAUGCAGUGCAAAUCGCAAGGCUCUGGCCAGAGGAUUAUGUACAUUAUGCUGCGUACUGCGCAGGCAGGCAGGCAGGAUUUUUGUGCCUGAGAGACAGAGACAGAGACGUAUACGGCGUAGAGACGGCGGGAUCAAAAGUCAGAAAUGGAGUGGGUAAAAGGGGUAAGAGGUAUAACACGCGGUAUAUGUGUUCGGCUAUCGUUCCUUCUCAAAGGAAAUUAGUGAUAUACGGAGAAAUGAUAUAA